UACUAUAUACAACAACAACAAAACUGGUGGUGUUUGUAUCCAAUUCAAUGUAUAGAUUCUAUACAACCAGACACUAACAACAAACACAUAUAGACAUAACAUCAACAAAGUUAUCACUCACCACUCUCAUUUAUGUAUUUUUAUUAUUAUUCUAUAUGAUUCUUGUCGUAAAUACCAUCAUAAGUAAAUUAAAUUCUUUCGGAUUGUUGAGUUUGUGUUAGGGUAAUACUUUGAUGUUCUGUUCAUCAACAUCCCAUUUCUAAUGUUGAUUUUUUUACUCUCUCCGUAUGUUUGUCUGACGCCUUUUGGAUGAUCCAACAAAACGGUAGUAUCAUUAGUCAUUUGAAUAAUUUUACCAUUAUUUUUCUUUUUUUUUCUCAUCAUCAUUUCAUUCGCAUUUGCGUUCAACAUUGAAUCCUUCAUUCAUACAUUCUCAUCAUUGAUCUUGAUCAUCAUUAUCAUUACCACCACCACCACUAUCAUCACCAUCAUCAUUGCCACUAUCCACUCAUAAAAAACAAAGAUAUCAACAAAACACAACCUGAAACAAAAAGAUAUAAUCAAACAUCGAAAAAAGAAGGAAGAGUUUACACACACACAUAAACACAUUAACAUAAGUAUUGAAGGGAUAGAAAGCAAUUAAAUAUUUUGGCCAGUUUUUUUUGUUUUGUUUUCUGGUAUUUCAUUGUGAUCAUUUAUUCAUUUUGGAACUUGGAGAAACAAAAAAAUUUUACAUUAUCAUUUUGGAUUGGGCGUAACCUGUUUGAAUAAUAACCAUAGUGUUUUUUUUGGGUUUCAAAUUUCUACCACUAAUCAGUUAUUUUGGAUCGUGUGUUUGUGUGUGUGUGUUCAUUUAUCUGUGUCUACAAUCUGUAUUCAUAAUUUUCAUACAAAUUCAUUUUUUUCUUCUAAACAUAACAAUCCAAUUGUGUCUUCAAUACUAUUCAAUAUAGACAUAAUUAUUACUACAAAUCAUUAUUAUUGUAACUUAUAAAAACCAAAAGAGAAAAAAAAGAAGGAAAAAAUGGGUAACGAAGCUUCAUUACCGAUGGAGAUGUGCUCCAAUUUUGAUGCUGAAGAGAUUAAACGUCUUGGUAAACGAUUUCGUAAAUUGGACUUGGACAAUUCAGGUUCAUUAUCGAUUGAUGAAUUUAUGUCAUUACCUGAGCUUCAACAAAAUCCUUUGGUGCAAAGAGUGAUCGAUAUAUUUGACACUGAUCGCAAUGGUGAAGUUGAUUUUAAAGAGUUUAUUCAAGGUGUUUCACAAUUCAGUGUGAAAGGCGAUAAAGAAUCAAAACUUAGGUUUGCAUUUAGAAUCUACGAUAUGGAUAAUGAUGGCUUUAUUUCGAAUGGUGAAUUGUUUCAAGUGUUGAAAAUGAUGGUCGGUAACAAUCUGAAAGAUACACAACUACAACAGAUUGUCGAUAAAACUAUUCUAUUUGCCGAUAAAGAUGAGGAUGGUAAAAUUUCAUUUGAAGAAUUCUGUAGUGUGGUUGGAAACACCGACAUUCAUAAAAAGAUGGUUGUCGAUGUAUGAAUCGUUGAUGCGAUUGAAAUAAAUUUGACCAUGUUUAUU